AAAAGUUUUAUCAUUAAAAUAAAAUAAACAAAUAUUUAGCCGAAGAAAGGUGAAACAGAGACGAAUAAAACCCAAGACGAAGCUCACCGAUACAGAGGAAAGAAAAUGUGGAACAAUGGCAGUUCCAAUCGGAAUCCAAAGAAAUUUCUGUAUGGAAGAGUUCGAUUCAACCAAUUUUCAAGAGAAAAGGGAAGAAAAAUGGAAACAAAUGUUCCAUUUUCUAAAUAUAGAAACACAACCCUGCGAGAAAAUUGGAUCUCCAAUGGAAAACGAGGGAAAGAAAAAGAAAGAAAAAGUAGAGACAAAUUUCCCUCCCACCACCGGAUGCUACCAUUUCAAAUCCUAGUUGUUCGAAAUCCAGAAAAAAAAAAAAAAAACAAUGAACAGAGGUUCUGAUUUGCAGAAAUGGGACCCAAUUGGAGAAGAGAAGGCAGAGAUUCCGUAGUGUGAUUCAUCGGCGAUCAACUUUGGCAUCUAUGUUCUCCAUUUCCACAAAAUGUUCGAUUGUGGUGGAUACAAAUCGCAGUACAUCGGCGGCCACAAAGAGAAAUUUGUGAGGUUGGAUGAUUUGGAUUCAAACUUGUCAAUGCCAUCAGGAACGAGCGGGAUGAAGAGAUGCCGAUUCAAGCUAGAGGGCCUCCCACUGCCAUUUACGAGCCGAUCGAAGCACCGAAACGCGUCGAAAACGUUCCGGCGCGGCGUCCAGAGGAGCUCCGACGGGCUGGUCACCCUCGGCCGCUCCCUCCAGUCGAGCGUCUCCCGCGUCAUCUUCCCGGAGGAUCUCAAGGUCUCGGACCAGAAGAUCUUCGACCCGCAGGACAAAUCGCUGCUGUUCUGGAACAAGCUGUUCGUGGUGGCCUGCAUCCUCUCGGUCUCCAUUGAUCCCCUAUUCUUCUACCUCCCCACGUUCAACCACGCCUCCUACUGCCUCGGCAUGGACUCUCCCCUUGCCACCGCCACCACCACCAUGCGCACCAUCGUCGAUGUCUUUUACCUCAUUCGGAUGGGCUUUCAGUUUCGGACGGCUUACAUUGCGCCAUCGUCGAGGGUGUUUGGCCGCGGCGAGCUUGUCAUCGAUCCGGCCGAGAUCGCCAAGCGCUAUCUCCAGCGCUACUUCGUCGCGGAUUUUCUCUCCGUUCUGCCUCUGCCUCAGGUGGUGGUUUGGAGGUUUCUUCACAGAUCAAAAGGUUCGGAGGUGUUGGCGACGAAGCAAGCGUUGUUAAACAUAGUGUUUCUUCAGUACAUUCCCAGAUUCAUCAGAUUCAUUCCUCUGAACAUAGAGCUUAAGAAGACGGCAGGAGUUUUUGCAGAAUCCGCCUGGGCUGGAGCUGCUUACUAUCUGCUCCUCUACAUGCUUGCCAGUCAUAUUGCAGGAGCGUUCUGGUACUUGCUGGCGGUGGAGAGGAACGACGCGUGUUGGAGGCAGGCGUGCAAAGCGAGCGGGAAGUGCAACAUAAACUAUCUCUACUGCGGGAACAAGCAUAUGUCUGGAUAUAAGGAAUGGCGAAACAUCAGCGUCCAGGUUCUGACCAAGGCCUGCUCCGCCAUCGGCGACUACUUGCCCUUCAACUACGGCAUUUACACUCAAGCCAUCGCCUCCGGCAUUGUCCAGGCCAAGCCUUUCUUCCCCAAGUUCUGCUACUGCUUGUGGUGGGGCUUGCAAAACUUGAGUACGCUUGGUCAGGGCCUGCUCACCAGUACCUAUCCUGGAGAGAUCAUCUUUUCCAUCCUCAUAGCAAUCUCUGGCCUUCUUCUUUUUGCCCUCUUGAUUGGAAACAUGCAAACGUACCUUCAAUCUCUGACGGUCCGGCUUGAGGAGAUGCGCAUCAAGAGGCGAGACUCGGAGCAGUGGAUGCACCACCGGCUACUUCCGAUGGACUUGAGAGAAAAAGUUAGGCGCUACGAUCAGUACAAAUGGCUGGAGACCAGAGGAGUGGACGAAGAGAGCUUGGAGGAGGCGGAGGCGGAGGCUGCGGCGUACAGCUCGUCGCGGCUGGGAGCCACCAUUCUUGCUUCGAGAUUUGCGGCCAAUGCGCUGCGGGGCCACCGGAUGCGCAACAUCAGCGGGAGGACCUUGAUCUCUUUGCAGAAGCCCCCCGAGCCCGAUUUUUCCGUCUACAAGGGAGAGUAGAAACAGAAACAGGGUUUCAAAUCCUCCCUCCACUUUCUAGAUUUUUCUUGGUUUUAUUUGAACAAUAUUUAGACCCGGUUUACUCGAGGAAUGAGAAUAAUCAAAAUUUUUA